GAGUGGAAAGGAAAGUGAGAGCUCUGGAGAGCGAUCCCUUUCAAUGGGAGUGGACGAACUUCGAUUCUAUCGCAGAGAUCCCGAGGAUGCUCUGGAUGUAUCUCCGCGCUAAAGGUCAAGUUUCGGGGCCCGUGAAUGCCCCAGUCGAGAUCGCUUCAUCCGACAGCGAAGAGGAGGAUGAGGAGGAGGACAGCAUCCAUCCAGAACGCGUCCGGAACGAGCCCGAAGUGGGUAGCAAGAACGAGGCAUCCACUUCGAAUGCUAAGCCGGCGAUGAAGGAGCCUGUUCCUGAGCCCCUUCCAUAAAUGUCCCGAACUCCGUUUUUAUCUUUUUCACUUUUAAACUCGUAAUGGGCUUCGGCCCAUUUUGUUUAUGGAAAUUUUUUUAUUACUUUCCUUUUUCUUGAAAUAUUUUCAGAGAUAUGUCUUUAAUGCAGGAUUUGGUUAAGGGGCAUAAAUCUCUCCGCGAAUCACUCUAUUCCAGGAUGGAAACCGCAACCUACUAGGGAUAUGAUGUUCCUAUAAAUUAUAGCUUCGACU